UUAAUCAGAUAAUUCAGAUUACACCACUUUUACAUCAACCGGUUUGGCAUUCCACGUGUUGUUGUUCAAGUUGAGAGAACGUUGAGGCCGUAGGUAGUCAGCAAACGUUUGUCAAGCUUAGUUUGUUUCGUCUUCACACUUGUGGUUAUUAAAAUUCUCGAGUUUGACUCUCCAGAUAAUUAUUGUGUAGAUAGCUUGACAUUCGUUACUGAAAAAAAAAACAGUUCAAAAUGGUUCGAACGUACGACGAUGAAAUGAAAUUUUUGGAAAGGCUAUCUCCUUGCUCUUGGCGCAUAAAAAAGGGAUUUGUUCCUAACAUGAACGUUGAAGGAAUUUUCUAUGUCAACAAUAAUUUGGAAGACCUCAUGUUUGACGAGCUAAGAAAUGCAUGUGCUCAAGGUUUAGUUGGUGGAUUUCUCCCUGGAAUGAAACAGAUUGCCAAUGUUGCUGCCCUUCCUGGCAUCGUGGGAAGAUCAAUUGGCUUGCCCGAUGUUCAUUCUGGCUAUGGCUUUGCCAUUGGAAAUGUAGCAGCAUUUGAUAUGGAUGAUCCCAACUCCAUAGUAUCUCCAGGUGGAGUGGGUUUUGAUAUUAAUUGUGGAGUCAGGCUGUUGAGGACAAACUUGACCGAAAAGGAUGUUCAACCUUUUAAGGAACAAUUGACUCAAAGCAUGUUUGAUCACAUUCCUGUUGGAGUUGGAUCGAAAGGAGUAAUUCCAAUUACUGCACAGGAUCUUGAAGAAGCCUUAGAAAUGGGAGUGGAUUGGUCGCUCCGCGAAGGAUAUGCCUGGGCAGAAGAUAAAGAGCACUGUGAGGAAUUUGGCAGAAUGCUGAAUGCCGAUCCUUCGAAAGUCAGCCUUCGAGCCAAAAAGAGGGGACUUCCUCAGUUGGGUACUCUUGGAGCAGGAAACCAUUAUGCGGAAAUUCAAGUAGUGGAUGAAAUCUACGACAAAUGGGCCGCCAACAAGAUGGGAAUUGAACACAAGGGACAAGUUUGUAUUAUGAUUCAUUCCGGUAGCAGAGGAUUCGGCCACCAAGUUGCAACAGAUGCUCUGAAUUCGAUGGACAAAGCCAUGAAAAGAGAUAAGAUCGUGACUAACGAUCGCCAACUAGCUUGCGCUCGAAUCUCGUCUACCGAAGGUCAAGACUACUUGAAGGGUAUGGCAGCAGCGGCAAAUUUCGCUUGGGUUAAUCGAGCAUCCAUGACUUUCCUCUGCCGUCAAGCAUUUGCUAAGCAAUUCAACUCGACACCGGACGACCUUGACAUGCAUGUUAUCUACGAUGUCUCACACAAUAUUGCCAAAGUGGAACAACAUACUGUUGACGGAAAACUUAAAACUUUGCUGGUUCAUCGAAAGGGUUCUACUCGUGCUUUCCCACCUCACCAUCCAUUAAUUCCGGUCGACUACCAGCUAACAGGUCAGCCCGUUCUCAUCGGUGGGACAAUGGGUACGUGCAGCUACAUCUUGACCGGUACUGAACAAGGGAUGGUAGAAACAUUCGGAUCAACCUGUCAUGGAGCCGGUCGAGCUCUAUCCCGUGCGAAAUCACGUCGUAACUUGGACUACACCGAGGUUUUGGAUCGUUUGAAGGAACAAGGCAUUUCCAUCAGAGUCGCCUCUCCAAAGUUGGUCAUGGAAGAAGCCCCAGAAUCUUACAAAAAUGUCACCGAUGUUGUCGAUACUUGUCAUGCUGCUGGCAUUAGCAAAAAAACUGUCAAACUCCGUCCGAUUGCCGUUAUUAAAGGGUAAAAGACUGCUUUAAUUCUAAAUUGCAAAAAUGGGUUGACUAGAUCUUUCACUUUUUUUGAGACAAUUCUCUUUGUCAUUAACAAAAAAAACCAAAAUUUCUCUUUACCUAAUGUCUAAAACUUUGUGGGAAAAACUUUGCAAUGGCCCUUUUCGAAACUCAAACUGUUAAUGUGUCUUUCAAUGUAAGAUAAGUCAAAUUACACCUUUCUUCAAGAAA